CUUUUUUCUCUUGCUCCCUUUGAUUAGGGUUUUGUGAUCCCGCUCCCGCCGCCGCGAGAUCCACUUCAUGGCCCCCGUUGCUGCUGCCGGUGACCAAGCAACUGAUUUGUUGCAAAAGUUAUCAUUGGAUUCUCCAACGAAGAGCAAGGCCCAAGAUGCAUCGGAGGUUGGCAAGAAGUCAUCUGCAGUCCAGCAGGGGACUACUGCUAAUAAUGGGGAAAUGUUGACCACUGUUCCAGGCGAUAGGUCAUCAACUCCCUUUUCUCGAGAUGCUAUGGAUCCAACUGUUUGCUACCUGCCAAAUGGAUUUUCUUCCCAAGCAUACUACUAUAGAGGAGGUUAUGAUGCUUCUGUCAACGACUGGGACGGAUAUUUGAAUUACGAUGUUAUGGACAUGUCAUCAGCAGGAGUUUAUGGGGAUAUGUAUCAACAUGGGUAUGGGUAUGCUAACUAUGGCCCAUAUCCAUCUCCUGGUUCUCAAAUUCCAGCUGCUGAGCCUGAUUGGGGAAUGUAUGCAUCACCGAAUUAUCAAUACCCUCAAUUUUAUCAGGCUCCUACUCCAUCUGGUGGUGCACCAUAUACACCUCAACAAGGGGAUGUAUCUUCAUCUGUUACUUCCAAUCAACCAUUGCCCUCUGCUGAUGCUUCCAAAGCCAACUCAAAUGGAGUUUCUAAUGGGAGUGUAAAUGCGAAUAUGUCAGUGUCACUCAGACCCAACAAUCAAAACUCAGCAGUGUCCACUUCUAUCGGACCUGGAGUUGGUCAAGGUACUGCUGCUGGCCAGGCUGUGGAAGGGAUAGCGAGACAAUCCGAAGCAAAGGGUAAAAUAAGAGGAGGACAUCCUUCUGGUUCGAGAUUGGGAUAUGGUGGAAGACGAUCUCCACAAUGGUUUGAUGGCCCUACAUUCUCCAAUGGGCAACAUAGACCUGCUUCAGCCGGCCCAUUAUCUUCUACCCAUCUACGUUACAGUAGUAAUCCAUCAGUAAGAAACCAUACUUGGCCUGUGCCUCAUCCCGGGGGUCUUUAUGCGUCUAGACCAUUUCAAGCAAUGGGAUCGGCAUCUCCUGGUUACAUGAAUAGCAUGUAUUCAAACAACCAUAUGUAUGGGCAGUAUGGGAACACACUUAAAACUGCCAUGGGUUUUGGGACCAAUUUGUAUGAUUCCAGAGCUUAUGGUGCCAUGAGUCAGGUCUUUAACAGCAGAUACAAGUCUAGGGUUCGAGGGAGCGGUUACUUUGGUUAUGGCAAUGAAAAUUUUGAUGGGCUAACUGAACUGAAUAGGGGGCCAAGAAGUGGCCUUCCAAAAAACAUCAAAAGUAAUGGUUCUAAUCUCACCAUUGCUGUGAAGGGUCAGAACCUUCCAUUGAAUGGCAGUGAAGAUUCUAGUCUUAGAGCUGUUGGUGGGGAUGAAUACAAUCGCCCAGAUUUUCCUGAAACUUACUCCACUGCAAAGUUCUUCAUUAUCAAGUCAUAUAGUGAGGAUGAUAUUCACAAGAGUAUUAAGUACAGUGUAUGGGCAAGCACGCCUAAUGGGAACAAAAAACUUGAUUCUGCAUAUCAGGAAGCGCAAAGCCUGGCAGAUGGAUGCCCAGUCUUCUUGUUUUUUUCUGUUAAUACAAGUGGUCAGUUUGUUGGUGUUGCUGAAAUGGUGGGUCCUGUUGAUUUUGACAAGACUGUGAGCUACUGGCAGCAAGACAAGUGGAAGGGUUGCUUCUCUGUGAAGUGGCACAUUGUAAAGGAUGUACCUAAUAGCAUUCUCAAGCACAUCACGCUUGAGAACAACGAGAACAAGCCUGUGACAAACAGCCGAGACACACAGGAGGUAAAACUUGAGCAGGGUAUUCAAUUGCUCAAACUUUUCAAGGAGCAUGUAAGCAAGACAUCCAUCUUGGAUGAUUUUGGCUUUUAUGAGACCCGCGAGAAGCUAAUGCAGGAAAGGAGAUCAAAACAACUUCAGAAGCAGGUCUUGGAUGGAAAAGUUGCUGUUGCAUCAUCAGUUGAUGAGAAAGAAAAAGAGAAAGAUGAGCUGAAUGGGAAGGUGAGGUUUCCGCAACCACUGGAACCAGUUACAAUUUUGAGCAAAGAGACUGGACAAGGUGGUGGUAUCGGAGGGACGAAAACAUCUGAAGAAAACAGUGAAAAUCUGAAGGUCAGCAAGGUAUCAAAUGAUAAAGGACAAUCAAACGCUGCCGAUGGUUGAGCUUGGAUUGUUUCUUUGCUGUUGGUUAGUAGUGUGUUCUUGGAGCCAUUUGAUGAUCUUUAGUGAAGUGCUGGUGGUUCUGAUACAUGUCCUCAAUGAGAGUUUUUAAAUGGGGAAGCAGAAGCAGCAUACAAGAGUCUAAAAAUUGGUAUAUUGCUUCCUAGGGUUGCAGGUUAUACAUGUAUUCCCUUAUGUGAUAUCUUGGCAAUAAAAUAGAAAGCCUCUUUGGGUUGGGUGUUUUUUUCUUC